AUGACUCCUCACAUAAGUUUACGUACAAUCUCUUCGUUCAUGUUGAUGUUCGUCUCGGCAGCCAUAAUCAUUUGUUUGCCAGUGUUUGAAGCUAACGAUAACGAAAUUCCAAUAGAAUGUCUGAAUGAGACUAAAUUGUCCUCCGAUUACAAUGUGUUUGACUUCUUCCUAACGUACAACGAAACCGAGGCAUGGUUAACGGCACUGGCGACCGAAUUCCCCGAAAAGUGUAGACUGCAAUCGAUAGGAAAAUCGACCGAGGGUCGUGAAAUCUUGGCCAUCUCCAUCUUCUACGAUAAGCCGAAAACGGUCCUUCUUCUAAGCAACUUACGGGCCCGCGAAUGGGUCGCAAUGGCGUCCGCAGUCUACGCCAUCCAUGAGCUGAUCCGCAAUGUAGCCAAAUAUCCGUAUGCGGCUGAUUUUAACUGGAUCAUAGCUCCGAUCACGAAUCCGGACGGGUACGAGUACACCAAAAUGCACGAUCGCAAAUGGUCCAAGACACGCUCGGUCCAAGCUGGUGGGAGCAUUGGUGUUCAAAUAGAUAGCAAUUUCGACAUUAAGUGGGAUGGUGGCUUUAGUGAAACGUUCGUCAAACCAUCCGCACAAUCGUACCGUGGACCGGAACCAUUUUCCGAACCAGAAACGAGAGCAAUUAAAUCGCUGUUGGAGCGUUAUAAGAACGCCACACUGAUGGUUGACUUGCAGGCACACGGACCGUACGUCUUCAUCCCGUGGACGCACACGCAUGAACCGGCCCCAAACGUGGCAUUGGCACGGAUAGUGGCGGAUGCCGGGCGGACCGCAAUCUAUCAAGAAACGGAACAGGAGUAUGAGGUUGGAAUCGUGUCCGACUUUUUACCAUUCCAGUACGGCACCUGUCUCGAUUAUUGUUGCUCGGUCGGCAUUCGUGUGUGCAUAGCGUUGAAGCAAACGCUAACCGGGUACGAGAUACGAACAGAUGAAAUCAUUUAUCAUGGUCGGGAAGCGUUUGCGGCGGUUCACCAAAUGGCUAUAGAAGCUGAUUGGCAGAUGUGGAAUUAG